ACCUGCCCUGGCUGGGGCCUGUCCCUGGGGCCCUGGCUGGGCGAGGGCAGGGCUACCCCAGGCUGUUGCGCAUUCACCUGGCACCCGGGCCUGGCACCGUUGGCUCCUGGACCAUAACCUCAGGGUGGUGCCUGCGACCCAUCAAGUGCUCAUCAGACCAAGCCUGGAACAGCCUGGGCACGGGGACGGUUCUGGAGAGCAACACGCAGAGCAAGAUGGACAAAGACUUUUUAAAGAGCCCUGGCAGCUGUGUGCGGAACACGGGGUCCGGUGCACAGUGUCGGGAGAGCUGGAAUGCUGCCAGCGCCCAGGUGGCAUCCUCUGGCAGCUGCAAGUCCAGGGUCUCUCUGAAGGACGCGACUCUAAAUCCAGAAAUUAAAGACUGGUGGGAAAUCACUCUGGCUCGACAGACAGAUGCUGUUAAACCCGAAGAAAAUGUUCAAGAAGAGAAACACAUAGGUCUCAGGAGCCCUCUGCUGGGAUACAACAGUGGUGGCCUGGCAACUGUCCCUCAGCAACUGUUAACUGGCAACUGCAGCCCAGUGGAGCCCCAGGGUCCUGCACAGCACUGGCUGCUCUGGGGCUUCCUUGCCCACCCAGAAGCUGGCUGCCCUGGGCCACACCCCGUGUGGCUCUUCCCUGAGCUGUCAGAAGGGGGCAUUUCGCAAGGCUUGGCUGGGCUGGAGAGCCACCCUCCUGUGGAAAACCCCCACCCUCACUGGUUCCCUGGGUGGGGUCGGUUCCUGUUGCCGGCCCCACCCAUCCGAGGGCCUUUGGGCUAUCUUGCUGCACCCAGCCAUCUGACCCUCUGCCCAGGCAGCCACAGUCCGUCUGGCGGCCAGAGCAGAGGGCGUCCUCAUGCUGGCCGGAGGGAGGGAGGGCGGGAGUGCCAGGCCCCACUUUGGUGCUGACCUUCUCAACCUAUAUCAGGGCCAGGCCUGGCCAGGGACGGCAGCUUGCCUUCCAGAGCACUUGUGCCACUUGUGUGGUGGCCACGGAGAGCGUUGAAGCUGCGGCGCACACCACCCACGGCAGCCUCUCCCCUGCUGGGAGCACAGCCUUCAGGGUCCCCCAGCACUGCCCCCAGGAGCUUCUUGCCAGGCCAUGGCUUGGGCAGAUGCCCACCUUUCCUAGGUCCUGGGUUCAGAGCUCUGACUCAGAAAUCUGCUCUGCUGUCCCCAUCAGAACUGUGUCCUGUCCUUCCUGCUCCGGGGCUUCCCUGGGACCAGAACUGAACUGAGCCAGGAAAGACCGAGGGGGGCAUCUCCCAGCCCUGUGCAAAGCUGUGGGUCGCUGUACUAGUGACAAGGAGGUGGUCAGAGUCUGCUUGCUUUCAGGAAUCAGAGUUUAUUGCCAUACAGACUUUUUUGUUCACAAUGAGCCAGGCCAGGACUAGGAGAAGCCCACACCUUCAGGCGCCUCCACCAGAGGGGCCUGGCUCACAGUCCAGAGCAGUCAGGUGGAAGCUGCUCUGGGAGGGUGAAGCCAGCUACGUGCCAGGGUUCCUUGUUUAUGAGCAGAGUGGCCCCCAAGAGAGACCAACUUCAUCACCACCGGGACAAAGGAGGCCCAUGAGGACAGGAGCAGGAUUAGCGUCCAGGCCGGGAUGGGGUGGGGUGUGCGGGGUGCCACCAGCCAGCCUGAGCACUGGCCAUACCAGGGUUUGUGUGUUUGGGUCCAGGGCUGAGGUCUCACAAGCGAUCUGCAUACCACAUUCCCAGGGGAGGUCACAGCAAACUAGCAUCACUCACGAGCCAGUUCAAAGCUGCCCCAGUUGUCAGCUUUGUGGACAGGGGUUGUACAACUGUGCACCUGUUUACCCAGCCAUGGUCAUUGUCAUCGGCCCUGGCCCCUGGCAUUGGCCCCAACCACCUCAGCCCUGGAUGUGAAUGUGUGGGACCCCCAAGCUGAGGCCUGGGGGGUGGCCCAUUUCCCCAUCCCCAGGGCCUGCCUCUGGCACCUCCCAGGGGUCACUGGGUCCUGGUGCUGCCCCACGGUGAGCCACAGACUUUCCCUCCCUGCCCACGUGUCCUUUCCCCCAUGCUUGCGUCAGGGUCAUGGGCAGGGCUUCUUCUGGGUCCUUGUUAGGCCCCUGGCCUGUGCAUGUGGAGGCGCUGAAGGCCAAGAUUCAGGGUGGGGGCCUCCACUUGUGCAGGGCCGGGUGACUGUCCUCAGUGACCCUCGGUGUGGCUGUGCUCCUGAGGGCAGCAGAUGCAGGUCUCCACACCUAAAACCCUUGGUCAUGCCAACAAAGCCACCAUGGGGUUAGGGGAGGCAGCAGGGUCCUGGGGGCCUGGGCAGCUGUGCCAGAUGGGUCACAGGCCUCAGUCUUUGCCUGGUGUCCGGUGAGGGUCCCAUGGGGCUGGGGGUUCUGCUCCAGCGGUGACCAGGCCGUAGAUGGACGGCAUUACCAGACAGUAUUAGACAGAAGCAUCCAGAUCUAACCGUGUCUGGUAAGACGCCCAUCGUGGGCAGGAGUGAGCUCCUCUGAUCCUGGUGCCUGUGGAGGGAAGGCAUCCUGGGGCCCACCCUCCUGACGGCUGAGCCAGCCCCAAACCCAGGGCUGCUCUGAGGAAUAAGCACUGACCCGGUCCAGGAAUGGGUGUUGUGGAUGCCACCAGGGAGUGGUCUGGACCAGUGGAUCCAGGCCAAAUGCUCACCUCAGCCUCCAGUUUCCUGCAUGACUCCAGGCAGCUUAAUGAGUAACAGAAGGUUUAAGGGCAGACACUGCCCUGCCCUGCCCCAUGCUGGGUGGGCCUCCUGGCCCUGUGUCCUGGUCUCAGAUCAAAAAAAUAAACUGGGUCCUCCUGGAUUGUAA